AUGACGUCACAUUCAACUGAUGGGGACACUCGACCAAGGCCCGUGAUACGACCACAACUGCGGCAUCGCGCUCCAGCGGAUAACGAUGCUUCUCGAAAGAAUCGUUUGGAAUAUCAGCAGUUCCUGCGGAAAAAGGAGUUGCUAUCACCAAAGCCCUAUCGUAUGCAUCAUCUAUCCGCUGAUGUCACAGCUACAAAAGAACUAGGCCAGCCUUCGGCGAUCUAUACAGUCACGAUACCCAAUGGAGUACCCGUUCAUGCUGGUACAUGGGAAGAUGGUCGGCCUCACUACGAAGUUCCGAAGCGACCACAGCAACUCGCUGCUGCUACAUUAGGUUCAAUAAAUUCACCGCUGGCACCAUCAGCUCAAAGCGUCCCCGGAGCGCAAGCAUUCGGCACAGGAACCAGGGCUAUUGAAGAAAAUCUUGUGAAUGCGAUUUUUGCGCAGAGUAAAGCGGGAGCGCUCAACCCAAGCGCAGCCGCUCAUGUUCCCCAGGCAGCCGCCUCUGCUGCAGCGCAGGCAGCGCAGUCAGCAUCGGCAGCCCCGAAUCCACUGGAAGCCUUACUGUCCAACAGCGCAUCAAUAGAUCAAUUCACAAAAAUCGCUGAGAACAUCCUGAACUUUGGUGGAGGAGAGGGAACGGUUUUCACGAGGUCAUUACAGAAAGGAGGUUUGCUGGAAACCAUGACGAACGCUCUGCGUGGUGCUCGCCUUCCGUUGCCUAGCGCAUCAUUCUCAGAAGACGGAAAACCAAAACCCCAACCAACCUUUAUGGAAACACUUCUAACACAAGCGGCAUCCGCCUUGAAUCAGUCAAUCAAAGAGAAAGACGAUAAGGAAAAGCAGUUCCGCAUGACAAAGGAUAAGGAGCACUCUUUGAAGGUACAACUUUGA